CUAUGGGACCCUAGGAAUCUCGAAUUAAUUGCACAACUCCCUCGGAAGAAUCACAUUCAACUACAUUGUGAGUUCAUAGACGAUAAAGUGCUAGUAUCGACAAGUAACGGCUUUAACGGUGAUGGCUGCGAAAUUUCGAUAUGGGACCUACGAACGCGCAAACUUUUACGGGAACUACGUGGACAUGAGGGGUCGGUGCCUUGUGUGGCUGGACUUACGCAAACGGUAACUUUGAAACGACUAUUGAUGAGCGUCUCGAUGGAUAGGACGAUACGAAUUUGGAACAUCGAAGAUGGAGGUGGGUAA